CGCCACUGGUUUCCGCAUCUAGCUGGAACAGCUUUGGCACAUGGAGGGGCUGCGGCAUGGACUCGGACUACUGGGAGAGUUACUAUGCCCGCAGCUUGCAGCGGCGUGGAGGGUCCCUGCGCAGCGAGGAUUGCUACUGCGAUCCCGACUCUUUGAUGCCACUACUGCCCAUCCACCACGGUCAGGGACAGGCACUUCUGGUGGGAUCCGGCACGUCCGAGCUACCGCAGCGCUUGGUGGAGAAGGGUUGGAAGGUCUGGGCCAUGGACGUGUCACCCAGCUGCGUGGCAUGGAUGGAGAAACUGCAGCCCAAGGUGGAAUGGUGCUGCGCCGAUGCCUUCGCACUGCCUGAGUCGUGGUCCAACACUUUCGACUUGGUCCUGGACAAGGGCCUUCUGGGUCCCAAAGCAUCCGAAGACCCCUGUGGCAUGGCUUUGGGUCAGCUCUUGGCCCAGUACCGUCGAGUCUUGCAGCCAGGUGGGCACACUCUCAUCGUCUCCCUGGCGCCCUUGAACAGCUUCCGAGCCUGGCCAGAGCCAGCAGUUGAGUCAAUCUGGGAAAUGUCCACGCACGACUUGCCGGGGAGUGUUGCUUAUUUGCUGAAGCUGAGGGGAGGCGCAUUGGACGUGCAGACAUUCCCAUGCUGGGCCUCAAUCAUUGAUUUGAGCGCCGAAUCAGUCCACCUCCGUGUAUCCCUCACUGCAGAGCAGCGUCGAAGCCUGCAGCUCUCCACCGAUGGCCAUGUCGCCCGGGUCCAACGCCCGGAGACCGACGAGGUCUUUGAGCUCUCCUUGCCGUGGCACGUCACCUCGGCCAAGUGGACCUCCCAGGGUUUGAAGCUCAGCGCUGGAUGAGGCUGUUUGGAUCCUCACGGCUGCACACUGGCUGGCGCCAUGGAGCUGAAAGAAUCAGUGUUGGAGCUGGUGGAAACACUGGAGUGGACAUCGAACACAUCAGUAACACCUCCGAUUUUCUUGCAGAGACGAAAAGGAGAAACUCGACGGACAGAGGCUAUGUUUUGUGAAGGGAGACGAGUCAGUUGACGGAUAGUCAGUGGUGGUGCUGUCACGAUGACGUGUUGGCAAAAUAGCUGAGGCAUCGUCUUAAUUCUUUGUGGUCAAGCACAAACAGCUUUUUUGUCGGUGGGUGGUCAGGCAGAUUGUCAUGCAGAACUAGAACAAAUAGAAGGAGGAGGUGUUGAGGAAGAUGUUGGAAGAACAGCCAGUUGGUGUUUACUCUUCAAGGUUGGGCCUGAAGGCAAGACCAGGACCAAAACAUUAACAUGGCAUGCUCAUGGCAUGUCCACAUCAGACGAAACUUAGCAGAGAUCAUCGGACGAUGACCCAGCAGCAAGAAGUUGGAUCCUGUUCUCUCGGCGAUGAGCUGCAGAUGCACCCUUCAAGAAGCAUGCAGCGCACGGCAUUUAGCUGGCUGACCAUGCUGUGAUCUUCUUGCUUAUAUAGCCGCUGGUGCAUUGUGCUGUACACGCACGAGAUGUUAGGAGAAGGCUGGAAAGAACAUUCACCUAUCAAAGGGAACACUGAAGCCAGGGCCAAGAUGUUAAAAGGUAUAGGUCCCGUUUUUUCAUUGACGCGCAACAACGACUGGCUGAGUCUAUUUUAAUUUUUGCAGCACGUGCUGAGACGAGUCUUUGCGCAGAGGUGCAUCUCAAUCUGCUGUCCAGAUCGAAAAGAUGCCCGUGUGGAUUGUGGACCAUUCAGUGUAGGAAAUUCUAAAUGAACACCCUCAUAUCUCUCACU